AAAAAAUCCCAGAAGUUUGGAUCAAUCAGAGAGAGACAGAAGGAAAGGGGAGAAGAAAAAAAAAAAAAAAAAAAAAAAAAAGAAAUCUAGCCUGCAGCCCCUCUGAGCAAGUGCUGGGACCUGGGCUGAGCACACCCUCCUGGCUCUGCCUGCGGAGUAUCUGCAGCCUCAUGUAGUGCCUUCAGGAGGCUGAGGGCUGGUUCUUCUGGGGGUGCAGCUGGGGAGGGGUGGGGGGGGAGAAAGAGGCAAGAGGCUCUGCCUCUGGUCCCCGAGCUGUGCGCUCCCAGGCACCGGUCUCUCCUCUGCCCAAGGGUCUGGGCUGGGGGAUAAGAUGAGUGAGAGGCGAAGAUCGGCGGUGGCCCUCAGCUCCCGAGCACACGCUUUCUCGGUAGAAGCCUUGAUCGGGACAAAUAAAAAGAGGAAACUGCGAGACUGGGAGGACAAGGGGCUGGAUUUGUCCAUGGAAAGCCUCAGCCCCAAUGGCCAGCUGGGGGACAAUGAAGACCCGACUCAGUGCCUGGACCUCAACCCUGACUCAGAACAGAGCACCGGGUCAGACACAGAGGUGCUGGCAGAAAGGACAUCCUGCUCAUUUGGAUCCCAUUCUGACCUUACAUCUGGUGGCUCAGGCCCUCAGCCUCCUCCACCUUCAUCCAUGGAAGAGAUCCAGGUAGAGUUGCAGUGUGCAGACCUCUGGAAAAGAUUUCAUGACAUUGGGACAGAGAUGAUCAUCACAAAAGCAGGCAGGAGAAUGUUUCCAGCCAUGAGGGUGAAAAUUACAGGCUUGGAUCCUCACCAGCAGUAUUAUAUUGCCAUGGACAUUGUCCCUGUGGAUAACAAGAGAUACAGGUAUGUGUACCACAGCUCCAAGUGGAUGGUGGCUGGCAAUGCUGACUCCCCAGUGCCCCCAAGGGUUUACAUCCACCCUGACUCCCUGGCUUCUGGAGACACCUGGAUGAGGCAGGUGGUCAGUUUUGACAAGCUCAAGCUGACCAACAACGAGCUUGAUGAUCAAGGCCAUAUAAUCUUACAUUCAAUGCAUAAGUAUCAGCCUCGUGUUCACGUCAUCCGCAAGGAUUUCAGCAGUGAUCUUUCUCCUACAAAACCAGUUCCUUCAGGAGAUGGGGUGAAAACCUUCAACUUCCCUGAGACUGUUUUCACCACAGUGACAGCCUACCAAAAUCAACAGAUCACUAGAUUAAAAAUUGACAGAAACCCCUUUGCCAAAGGUUUCAGAGAUUCUGGGAGAAACAGGACGGGGCUGGAGGCCAUCAUGGAGACCUACGCCUUUUGGAGGCCCCCCGUGCGCACUCUCACCUUUGAAGAUUUCACUACCAUGCAGAAGCAGCAAGGAGGCAGCACAGGAACGUCCCCGACCACCUCCAGCACAGGGACCCCAUCACCAUCCGCUUCUUCUCACCUUCUCUCUCCAUCCUGCUCUCCUCCAGCCUUCCAUCUGGCCCCCAACACUUUCAAUGUUGGCUGCCGGGAGAGCCAGCUUUGCAACCUCAACCUGUCUGAUUAUCCUCCUUGCGCCAGGAGCAACAUGGCAGCACUGCAGAGCUACCCAGGGCUGAGCGACGGGGGCUACAACCGGCUGCAGAGCAGCACCGCUUCUGCCUCGCAGCCCUCCGAAACCUUCAUGCCUCAGAGGACUCCCUCCUUGAUCUCAGGAAUGCCGGCUCCUUCCUCCCUGCCCAGCAACAGCAAGAUGGAGGCGUACAGUGGCCAGCUGGGAUCUUUCCCCAGCUCCCAGUUUCAGUAUGUCAUGCAAGCAGGCAACCCUGCCUCCACCUCCUCCUCUUCACACAUGUUUGGUGGUGGCCACAUGCAGCAGAGCUCCUACAAUGCCUUCUCCCUGCACAAUCCCUACAACCUCUAUGGAUACAAUUUCCCUGCUUCCCCCAGGCUGGCGGCAAGCCCAGAGAAACUCACCACCUCCCAAAGCACUUUACUCUGCUCUUCCCCCUCCAGUGGGGCCUUUGGAGAGAGGCAAUACCUUUCCACAGGGAUGGAUCACGGGAUGCACAUGAUCAGCCCUCCCUCCAGCAACCAGCAGACGGCCGCCGCCUGUGACAACAGGCAGUACGGGGCGGUUCAGGGCUCCUCCUCACAGAUGUCUGUGCACAUGGUCUAACCAGCCUUGCCUCUCCUUGGCACCGAAGGCAGCCGGACCUUCAUCGUUCCCAGGGGUGAACCCAUCCCAGUACUCUUUUGCCUUCAAACUUAUAGUGGAACUAGUAUUGUAACGAUAAACAAGAGCAUAAGCCAUCUAGGUGUGUGCCCCAGAACCUUCUGGAGAGCCUCGACUGACAGCCACCGCAGCUUGUUGUAGCCCAGGGCCCCCAGACUGGCACGGAGCAUCUGCUUUUUCUGGACAUUGCCGAGAAGAGGGUGUGACUUUAACGAGGAGCUGGAGAGAAGCAGCAGAAUUUAUUGUUUUAUGCAUUAACUUUAGGCAGUGUGAGCUUUCAGUGUGGAGGGAUCCAUUCCCUGUGCUGUCUCCUCCAAGAGUUGAAGAAGGGCAGUCUCCCAGGGCUUCAUCCUCUGAAGCUGCACUGCCCAUGGCUCUAAAGACCUCCCCCUUCCCAGACAGUUCCUCACUGCCAGUGGCUCAGCCCAUUUCUGAAACCAGCAAGUGGCCUCUGGGUCUUCCACUGUAGCACAGGAAUGGCGCUGCUGGGCUGGAGCUUCUUCUGAAGAGGUUUCUCAUUUUCACCAUGGCUCUGCCCAGCCGGCUGCUUCCUUAUGGAGGUCGAGCUCACCAGCACCCAGCCUGCAGAUGGAGGUGGGAGAGAGAGGAGAGAAAACUUUAGCUCACAAAGGAGCCUCAGACAGAAGCGGGGAUGGAACUUUGGAAAGGUGAAUGGGGGGAGGGGCUCAGCUCCUGCUGACUUGACUGGAAGUAAUGCAGCGAAACGGAAUGGAUGACAGCCUUUGUGGGGAAUGUGUGUCUCCCACAGCACUCAUCCCAAUGGGAAGAACCUGUCCAGACUGAGCUCAUGGGGAAGCGUGAUGAGAAAAGAGAGCUCUACAGGAGUGCAGCUGACCUUGCAUGCGAGAGUUGCCGUAGAAAACCAUUAGCAUUUCAGAAACAGUGAGGUUGAGUAUUUGCCAGCCUUCCACCUGCCACAUGGUCUCUGUUUAACCAAAUAGAUCAUUGCCUUUUAACAUCUUUCUUUUCUGGCUUUUUUCCUCUUGUUCUUUUUUUUCUUCUUUUUCUCUUCAAAUCCUUUAAAAAUAAGAAAACAAUUGUAGCUUGGUGCAAGCUAUGCAUUUAAGUUGUGUGAAAAUGCAAAUACCAAGUAACAGAAUACAGAUAUUAUUGAGAGUUGUUGUGAGGUGUUGUAGAUAAAUGUAUUUAUAUGCCUAGUGGGGUAUUCAAUAUUAUGAAUAUAAAAGAGGGCAAUAAAAAUGGUAUGUAAAAUAUGUAUGAAGAAAAAGCUGUAUAAAGAUUUGCCCUAUGCACGGAACUCUGUUUCUAAGUGCCAAGCACAGAAAGCGCUAAAUAAAUCUUUGCAAUUGUUCCCUCUGUGUUUUUCUCUGUCUGUGAGGCUUCCUCAGUGGUUUUCUAGAUACAGACAUUUUUAAAAUACUGUCACACAUAUUUGCACAACAGAGAGGGGUAGAUAUGGAAGAUAUGGUGCCAGAUUGUGAAGUCUAAGCAAUAUUGCAAUAAAAAUAAAAAUUCUGUCUUCUCAAGAGAUUU